GAAAGACCAGUUAUCGGAAUAGAAACACCUGCAGUAAAAUUGGGAACACCAACUAUAACAAUCGAAUCCAGCUGGGGAAAUUGAAACACCAGCUGUCGAAAUAGAAGAACCAGUUGUCGAAUUUGAAACACCAGCUAUAGGAAUCGAAUUUCCAGCUGUGGAAGCUGAAGCACCAGCUGUCGAAAUAGAAGAACCAGUUGUCGAAUUUGAAACACCAGCUAUAGGAAUCGAAUUACCAGCUGUGGAAGUUGAAGCAACAGAUAUCGAAAUAGAUGAACCAGCUGUCGAUUUUGUAACGCCAGCAAUGGAAAUCGAAUUUCCAGCUGUGGAAGUUGAAGCACCAGCUGUCGGAAUUGAAGAGCCAGCUGUCGAAUUUGAAAAAUCAGCUAUAGGAAUCGAAUUACCAGCUGUGGAAGUUAAAGUACCAGCUGUCGAAAUAGAAGAAUCAGCUGUCGAAUUUGAAACAUCAGCUAUAGGAAUCAAAUUACCAGCUGUGGAAGCUGAAGCACCAGAUAUCGAAAUAGAAAAACCAGCUGUCGAAUUUGAAACGCCAGCUAUGGAAAUCGAAUUUCCACCUGUGAAAGUUGAAGCAACAGAUAUCGAAAUAGAAGAACCAGCUGUCGAAUUUGAAACAUCAGCUAUAGGAAUCAAAUUACCAGCUGUGGAAGUUGAAGCACCAGCUGUCGAAAUAGAAGAACCAGCUGUCGAAUUUGAAACAUCAACUAUAAGAAUCGAAUUACCAGCUGGGGAAAUUGAAGCACCAGAUAUCGAAAUAGAAGAACCAGCUGUCGAAUUUGAAACGCCAGCUAUGAAAAUCGAAUUACCAGCUGUGGAAGUUGAAGCACCAGAUAUCGAAAUAGAUGAACCAGCUGUCGAAUUUGAAACGCCAGCUAUGGAAAUCGAAUUACCACCUGUGAAAGUUGAAGCACCAGCUGUCGAAAUAGAAGAACCAGCUGUCGAAUUUGAAACAUCAGCUAUAGCCAUAGGAAUUGAAUUACCAGCUGGGGAAGUUGAAGCACCAGAUAUCGAAAUAGAAGAACCAGCUGUCGAAUUUGAAACGCCAGCUAUGGAAAUCGAAUUUCCAGUUGUGGAAGUUGAAGCACCAGCUGUCGAAAUAAAAGAACAAGCUGUCGAAUUUGAAACAUCAGCUAUAGGAAUCGAAUUACCAGCUGUGGAAAUCGAAAGGCCGGCUGGUGAAAUCAAAGGUACAGUUAUUGUUUUGAAAGCACCAAUUGCCAAAACUAAAGCUCCGGUUGUCGAAGUUGAGACGCCAGCUGUGGAAAUCGAAAAACAGUGGCCAGCUGUUGAAAUCGAAACGCUGGGAACAAUAUGGGCAGAGGGUCCGGGCUUGAUGGACUGCUUUGUCGGUGAUCAGGGUUACUUUCAAAUCUUCACCGGAGAUGCCGGACAAGGUACACUAAGUGUGCAAUUGAAGAAACCCUUAGCCAUACCUCGACUAAGAAAGUGGAAGGGAGUAAAAGAUAAUGUUACUUGUAAACACAACCCAAAAGUACCUGGGAAGUACAUAAUAAAAAUCAAGUGGGACAACAAGCAUAUCAAUGGCAGUCCAUUCACAAUCAAAGUUAGAAAACGUUCGGCAAUUGGAAACGAAAUGCCAUCCGAUGAAUAUGAAUCACCAACUGUUGAAAUUAAAGCAUCGACUGUCCAAUUAGAAACACCAAAUCAAAAUCCUGAAUUCAAAACACCACCCUCCUCUGAAGUUUAGGAUCAGGGUCUUCUUCCGGCUUCAUUCGGCGAGUUGUUAAUUGCGUUCUAUACUUUUAGAUAGAGUAUUAUAGACCCACAACAGCACUUUAUAAUUCUUAUUCGCUGUAAUAAAAUUGUUUUAGCUCAGCUAGUUAGCUAGUUGUAGUGCACGUAACUCAGUAAAAAUAAGUACUUUAUAAAUUAGUAAACAUCUGAACUCUUGAAUUUAUGUUUAAAUUUUGACUUUCCACUCCUUUAUUUGCAAUUUUAUCAUUUCAUUUAUUUCCAGUUACACGUUACCAACUUGAAAUGUAGAUAGUAAAAAAAACUAUGAAUUAUACUAUGAAUUAUGAUCAAUGAUCAUGUCAUA